CACCAACCCCAGGCAAACCUGGUGUUGAGUCAGAAUCACUUGGAGAACCUGACGUGGAGUUUGAGGGACAGAGGGACUGGUACCUGACUCAUCUAGCAACAGUUGGAAGGGAUGCCCUCUGCACCUUUACUAGUAAAUCUUCUUUCAGCUUUAUUCAUCCCUUUUGUGUUUGGAGAAACAGAAAUAAGGUUUGCCGGGCAAACAGAAUUUGUAGUCAAUGAAACAAGUACAACAGUUAUUCGUCUUGUUAUCGAAAGGAUAGGAGAACCAGCAAAUGUCACAGCAAUUGUGUCGCUGUAUGGAGAUGACACUGGUGACUUUUUUGACACAUAUGCUGCAGCUUUUAUACCUGCUGGAGAAACAAAUAGGACAGUGUACAUAGCAGUAUGUGACGAUGACUUACCAGAGCCCGAUGAAACUUUUAUUUUUCACUUAACAUUACAGAAACCUUCAGCAAAUGUAAAGCUUGGAUGGCCAAGGACUGUUACUGUGACAAUUUUAUCAAAUGACAAUGCAUUUGGAAUUAUUUCAUUUAAUAUGCCUUUCUCGAUCACAGUGAGUGAGCCUAGGGGCAGAAAUGAAUCUGUGCCCCUUACUCUCAUCAGAGAAAAAGGUACCUAUGGAAUGGUCACUGUGACUUUUGAGGUAGAGGGUGGCCCAAAUCCACCUGAAGAAGAUUUGAGCCCAGUUAAAGGAAAUAUCACCUUUCCCCCUGGCAGAGCAUCAAUAGUUUAUAACUUGACAGUACUUGAUGAUGAGAUACCAGAAAAUGAUGAGAUAUUUUUAAUUCAACUGAAAAGUGUAGAAGGAGGAGCUGAGAUUAACACUUCUAGGAGCUCAGUUGAGAUCAUCAUUAAGAAAAAUGAUAGCCCUGUGAGGUUCCUACAGAGUCUUUAUUUGGUGCCUGAGGAAGACCACAUACUCAUAAUUCCAGUGGUUCGUGGAAAAGAUGACAGUGGAAAUCUGAUUGGAUCUGAUGAAUAUGAAGUUUCAAUCAGUUACGUUGUUGUAACUGGGAAUUCAACAGCACAUGCCCAGCAAAAUUUAGACUUCAUUGAUCUUCAGUCAAACACAACUAUUAUUUUUCCACCUUUUAUUUAUGAAUCACAUCUGAAAUUUCAAAUAGUUGAUGAUGCCAUACCAGAGAUUGCUGAAUCAUUUCAUGUUGUCUUACUAAAAGAUACCUUAAAGGGAGAUGCUGUGCUAUUAAGCCCUUCUGUUGUACAAGUCACCAUUAAGCCAAAUGACAAACCUUAUGGAGUCCUGUCAUUCAACAGUGCCUUGUUUGAAAGGACAGUUAUAAUUGAUGAAGAUACAACAUCAAGAUUUGAAAAUAUUACGGUGGUUAGAAAUGGCGGCACCCAUGGGAAUAUUUCAGUGAACUGGGUAUUGACACGGAAUAGCAGUGAUCCCUCACCGGUAACAGCAGAUAUCAGCCCAAGUUCUGGAGUACUGCAUUUUGCACAAGGGCAGAUGUCAGCCUCCAUUCCCCUUACUGUCGUUAAUGAUGAUCUUCCAGAAGAGGCCGAAGCUUACUUACUUCAGAUUCUACCCCAUACGAUAAAAGGAGGUGCAGAAGUGAGCGAACCAGCAGAGCUUUUGUUCUACAUUCAAGAUAGUGAUGAUGUUUAUGGCCUAAUAACAUUUUUUCCUAUGGAAAACCAGAAGAUUGAAAGCAGCCCAGGAGAACGAUAUUUAUCCUUGAGUUUUACAAGACUAGGAGGAACUAAAGGAGAUGUGAGGAUGUUUUAUUCUGUGUUUUAUAUUCCUGCUGGAGAUGUGGACCCUUUGAGAGCGAAAGAUGGCAUCUUAAAUAUAUCCAGGAGAAAUAGCCUCAUUUUUCCAGAACAAAAGACCCAAGUCACUUCAAAAUUACCAAUAAGAAAUGAUGCAUUCCUUCAAAAUGGGGCCCACUUCCUAGUACAGUUGGAAACAGUGGAGUUGGUGAACAUAAAUCCUCCAAUCCCACCUAUCAGUCCUAGAUUUGGGAAAAUCCGAAAUAUUUCUUUAGUGGUUACUCCAGAGAUUGCAAAUGGAGAAAUUGGCUUUAUUAGCAAUCUUCCAAUCAUUUUGCAUGAACCAGAAGAUUCUGUUGCUGAAGUGGUAUACAUACCCUUACAUCGGGAUGGGACUGAUGGCCAGGCUACUGUCUAUUGGAGUUUGAAGCCCUCUGGCUUUAAUUCAAAAGCAGUGACCCUGGAUGAUAUAGGUCCCUUUAAUGGCUCUGUGGUAUUUUUAUCUGGGCAAAGUGACACAACAAUCAACAUUACUGUCAAAGCUGAUGACAUACCGGAAAUGAAUGAGACGGUAACACUUUCCCUAGACAGGGUCAAUGUGGAAAAUCAAGUGCUGAAAUCUGGGUAUACCAGCCGUGACCUUAUUAUUUUGGAAAAUGAUGAUCCUGGGGGAAUUUUUGAAUUUUCUCCUACUUCCAGAGGACCCUAUAUUAUAAAAGAAGGAGAAUCUGUAGAGCUCCACAUCAUUCGAUCCAGGGGAGCUCUUGUUAAGCAGUUUCUACGCUACUGGGUAGAGCCAAGAGAUAGCAAUGAAUUCUAUGGAAACACAGGGGUACUGGAAUUUAAACCCGGAGAGAGGGAGAUCAUAAUCACCUUGCUGACAAGAUUGGAUGGGAUACCAGAGUUGGAUGAGCACUAUUGGGUGGUCCUCAGCAGCCAUGGUGAACGGGAAAGCAAGUUGGGAAGUGCUACCGUUGUCAAUAUAACAAUUCUAAAAAAUGACGAUCCUCAUGGGAUUAUAGAAUUUGUUUCUGAUGAUCUAAUUGUUACGAUAAAUGAAAGUAAAGGAGACGAUAUCUAUAGUGCAGUUUAUGGUAUAAUAAGAAAUCGAGGCAACUUUGGUGAUGUUACUGUAUCAUGGGUGGUUACUCCAGACUUUACACAAGAUGUAUUUCCUGUCCAAGGGACUGUUUUCUUUGGAGAUCAGGAAUUUUCAAAAAAUAUCACCAUUUACUCCCUUCCAGAUGAGAUUCCAGAGGAAAUGGAGGAAUUUACCAUUAUUCUACUUAAUGCCACUGGAGGAGCUAAACUAGGAAAUAAGACUACUGCAACUCUGAGGAUUAGAAGAAAUGAUGAUCCCAUUUAUUUUGCAGAACCUCGCGUCGUGAGGGUUCAGGAAGGUGAAUCUGCUGACUUCACAGUUCUCAGAAAUGGAUCUGUGGAUGUUGCCUGCACUGUCCAAUAUGCAACAAUGGAUGGGAAGGCUACUGCAAGAGAGGGAGACUUUGUUCCCAUUGAAGGAGAAAUGCUUGUUUUUGAGGUUGGAAGUCGAGAGCAGAGAAUAUCUGUAUUCAUUAAGGAAGAUGAUAUCCCAGAAACAGAUGAAACCUUUUAUGUAAUCCUCUUUAAUUCAACAGGUGAUACAGUAGUAUAUCAACAUGGAAUAGCUACAGUGAUAAUUGAAGCUAAUGAUGACCCAAAUGGUAUUUUUUCUUUGGAGCCCAUAGACAAAGCAGUAGAAGAAGGAAAGACUAAUGCAUUUUGGAUUGUGAGGCAGCGAGGACACUUUGGCAAUGUGUCUGUGGCUUGGCAGCUGUUCCAGAACGAUUCUGCUUUGCACCCUGGACAGGAGUUCUAUGAAACUUCAGGAACUGUUAACUUUAUGGAUGGAGAGGGAGCCAAACCAAUCAUUCUUCAUGCUUUUCCAGAUAAAAUUCCUGAAUUUAAUGAGUUUUAUAUGUUAAAGCUAGUAAAUAUUUCAGGUGGGUCUCCAGGUCCUGGGGGCCAACUAGCAGGAACCAACCUCCAGGUGACAGUAAUGAUUCCACUCAAUGAUGACCCAUUUGGAGUUUUUAUCUUGGAUCCAGAGUGCUUAGAAAGAGAAGUAGCAGAAGAUGUUCUCUCAGAAGAUGACAUGUCUUAUAUCACCAACUUUACAAUUUUGAGGCAGCAGGGUGUCUUCGGUGAUGUCCGUGUAGGUUGGGAAAUACUUUCUAGUGAGUUGCCUGCUGGUUUGCCUCCAAUGAUAGAUUUUUUGCUUGUUGGAAUUUUCCCCAGCACUGUGCCUUUACAACCGCAUAUGAGACGUCACCAUAGUGGAACAGAUGCUUUGUACUUCAGUGGACUAGAGGGUGCAUUUGGAACUGUUAGUCCAAAAUACCAUCCUUCCAGGAACAACUCAAUUGCCAACUUUACCUUUUCAGCUUGGGUAAUGCCCAAUGCCAACACCAAUGGAUUUGUCAUAGCAAAGGAUGAUGGUAACGGAAGCAUCUACUAUGGGGUGAAAAUUCAAACCAAUGAAUCCCAUGUGACACUUUCCCUUCAUUACAAAACUUUGGGUUCCAAUGCUACCUAUACUGCCAAGACAACAGUCAUGAAAUAUUUAGAAGAAAAUAUUUGGCUUCAUCCUCUAAUUAUUCUGGAUGAUGGUAUAAUUGAAUUCUACCUUGAUGGAAAUGCAGUGCCCAGAGGAAUCAAGAGUCUGAAGGGAGAAGCCAUUACUGAUGGUCCUGGAACACUGAGAAUUGGGGCAGGAAUGAAUGGCAGUGACAGAUUUACUGGUCUGAUGCAGGACGUGAGGUUCUAUGAGCGGAAACUGACCCUGGAAGAAAUUUAUGAACUGCAUGCCAUGCCAGCAAAGAGCGAUUUACACCCUGUUUCUGGGUACCUGGAGUUCAGACAGGGAGAAACUAACAAAUCCUUCAUUAUUUCUGCAAAAGAUGACAAUGAAGAGGAAGGAGAGGAGUUAUUCAUCCUUAAACUAGUCUCUGUAUGUGGAGGAGCUCGUAUUUCUGAAGAGAAUACUACUGCAAGAUUAAUAAUACAAAAAAGUGACAAUGCCAAUGGCUUGUUUGGUUUCACAGGAGCUUGUAUACCAGAGAUUGCAGAGGAGGGAUCCACCAUUUCAUGUGUGGUGGAGCGAACCAGAGGAGCCCUGGGUUAUGUGCAUGUUUUUUACACCAUCUCUCAGAUCGAAUCUGAUGGCAUUAAUUACCUUGUUGAUGAUUUUGCUAAUGCCAGUGGGACUAUCACGUUCCUUCCUUGGCAGAGAUCAGAGGUUCUGAAUAUAUAUGUUCUUGAUGAUGACAUCCCUGAGCUUAAUGAGUAUUUCCGUGUGACAUUGGUUUCUGCAAUUCCUGGAGAUGGCAAAUUAGGUUCCACUCCUACCAGUGGAGCAAGCAUAGAUCCUGAAAAGGAAACAACAGAUAUCACCGUCAAAGCCAGUGAUCAUCCGUAUGGCUUGCUGCAGUUCUCCACUGGGCCACCUCCCCAGCCUGAGGACACGAUGACCUUGCCCGCCAGCAGCGUUCCACACAUCACUGUGAAGGAGGAAGAUGGAGAAGUUAGGUUACUGGUCGUCCGUGCACAAGGACUGCUGGGGACGGUUAUGGCAGAAUUUAGAACAGUGUCAUUGACAGCAUUCAGUCCUGAGGACUACCAGAGUGUUGCUGGUACCUUAGAAUUUCAACCAGGAGAUAGAUAUAAAUACAUUUCUGUUAAUAUCACUGACAAUUCUAUUCCUGAAUUGGAAAAAUCUUUUAAAGUUGAAUUGUUUAACUUGGAGGGAGGAGUGACUGCUGAACUCUAUAGGGUUGAAGGCAGUGGUAGUGGUGAUGGGGACAUGGAAUUCUUCCUCCCAACUAUUCACAAACAUGCCAGUCUAGGAGUGGCUUCCCAAAUUCUAGUGACAAUCGAGGCCUCUGACUACGCUCAUGGUGUAUUUGAAUUUAGCCCUGAGUCACUCAUUGUCAAUGGAACUGAACCAGAAGACGGAUACAGCACUGUUACAUUCAACAUUGUGAGAAGUCAUGGAGCUUUGUCUCAAGUGACUUUGCUUUGGAGCAUAGACUCUGAUCCUGAUGGCGAUCUCGCUUUCACCUCUGGCAACGUCACAUUUGAAAUUGGGCAAAAAAGUGCCAACAUCACAGUGGAAAUAUUGCCGGAUGACGAUCCAGAACUGGACAAGGCAUUCUCUGUGUUAAUCCUCAGUGUCUCCAGUGGCUCUUUGGGAGUUCAUACUAAUGCCACAUUGAUAGUUUUGGCUAGUGAUGAUCCUUAUGGGGUCUUCAUCUUUUCCGAGAAAAAUAGGCCUAUUGAAGUUGAGGAAGCAACUCAGAACAUCACGUUGUCAAUAAUAAGGUUAAGGGGCCUCAUGGGAAAAGUCAUAGUCACAUAUGCAACACUGGAUGAUAUGGAAAAACCACCUUAUUUUCCACCUAAUUUAGCCAGAGCAACCCAAGGAAGGGACUAUAUACCAGCUUCUGGAUUUGCUCUUUUCAGAGCCAAUCAGAGUGAGGCCACAAUAACUAUUUCAAUUUUGGAUGAUGAUGAACCAGAAAGGUCAGAGUCUGUGUUUAUCGAACUACUCAACUCUACUUUAAUAGAGAAAGUACAGAAUCGACCAAUUCCAAAUUCUCCACGCCUUGGGCCUAAGGUAGAAACUAUUGCUCAUCUAAUUAUUGUUGCCAACGAUGAUGCCUUUGGAACUCUUCAGCUCUCAGCUCCAGUUGUUCGAGUGGCAGAAAAUCACAUUGGACCCAUUAUCAAUGUGACUAGGACAGGAGGCGCAUUUGCAGAUGUUUCUGUGAAAUUUAAAACUGUGCCAAUAACUGCAAUACCUGGUGAAGAUUAUAGUAUAGCUUCAUCAGAUGUGGUCUUGCUAGAAGGGGAAACCAGUAAAGCUGUGCCAAUAUAUAUCAUUGAUGACAUUUACCCUGAGCUGGAAGAAUCUUUUCUUGUGCAACUGCUGAAUGAAACGACAGGAGGAGCCAAACUAGGGGCAUUAACAGAGGCUAUCAUUAUUAUUGAGGCCUCUGAUGACCCCUAUGGAUUAUUUGGUUUUCAGAUUACUAAACUUAUUGUAGAGGAACCUGAGUUUAACUCAGUGAAGGUAAACCUGCCAAUAAUUCGAAAUUCUGGGACACUCGGCAAUGUUACUGUUCAGUGGGUUGCCACCAUUAAUGGACAGCUUGCUACUGGCGACCUGCGAGUUGUCUCAGGUAAUGUGACCUUUGCCCCUGGGGAAACCAUUCAAACCUUGUUGUUAGAGGUCCUGGCUGACGACGUUCCGGAGAUUGAAGAGGUUAUUCAAGUGCAACUAACUGAUGCCUCCGGUGGAGGUACUAUUGGGUUAGAUCGAGUGGCAAAUAUUAUUAUUCCUGCCAAUGAUAAUCCUUAUGGUACAGUAGCCUUUGCUCAGUCGGUUUAUCGUGUUCAAGAGCCUCUGGAGAGAAGUUCCUGUGCUAACAUAACUGUCAGAAGAAGCGGAGGGCUCUUUGGUCAGCUCUUGUUGUUCUACAGUACUUCCGAUAUUGAUGUAGUGGCCCUUGCAAUUGAGGAAGGUCAAGAUUUACUGUUCUACUAUGAAUCGCCAAUACAGGGGGUGCCUGACCCGCUUUGGAGGACUUGGGUGAAUGUCUCUGCAGUGGGGCAACCACAGCAUACUUGUGCCACGUUGUGCCUCAAAGAACAUGCAUGCUCAGCAUUUUCAUUUUUCAGUGCCUCUGAGGGCCCCCAGUGUUUCUGGAUGACAUCGUGGAUCAGUCCAGCUGUUAACCACUCAGACUUCUGGACCUACAGGAAAAACAUGACCAGGGUAGCGGCUCUUUUUAGUGGUCAGGCUGUGGCUGGUAGCGACUAUGAGCCUGUGACCAGACAAUGGGCCAUAAUGCUGGAAGGUGAUGAAUUUGCAAAUCUCACAGUUUCCAUUCUUGUGGAUGAUUUCCCAGAGAUGGAUGAGAGUUUCCUAAUUUCUCUCCUUGAAGUUCACCUCAUGAACAUCACAGCCAGUUUGGAAAAUCAGCCAACCAUAGGACAGCCAAAUACUUCGACAGUUGUCAUAGCGUUAAAUGGUGAUGCCUUUGGAGUGUUUGUGAUCUACAGUAUUAGCCCCAAUACCUCAGAAGAUGGCUUGUAUGUCGAAGUUCAGGAGAAGCCCCAAAGCACAGUGGAGCUGAUGAUUCACAGGACAGGGGGCAGCUUAGGUCAGGUGACAGUCGAAUGGCAUGUUGUUGGUGGAACAGCCACUGAAGGUUUAGAUUUUAUAGGUGCUGGAGACGUUCUCACUUUUGCCGAAGGUGAAACCAAAAAGACAGUCAUUUUAACCAUUUUGGAUGAUUCCGAGCCAGAGGAUGAUGAAAACAUUAUAAUUAGUUUGGUGUACACGGAAGGUGGAAGCAGAAUUUUGCCCAGCUCUGACACUGUUACGGUGAACAUUUUGGCCAAUGACAAUGUGGCAGGAAUUGUUAGCUUUCAGACAGCUUCCAGAUCUGUCAUAGGCCAUGAAGGAGAAAUUUUGCAAUUUCAUGUGAUAAGAACACCCCCUGGUCGAGGAAAUGUUACUGUUAACUGGAAAAUUAUUGGGCAAAAUCUAGAACUCAAUUUUGCUAACUUUUCUGGCCAACUUUUCUUUCCUGAGGGGUCAUUGAAUAAAACAUUAUGUGUACAUUUGCUGGAUGACAACAUUCCGGAGGAGAAAGAAGUUUACCAAGUCUUUCUGUACGAUGUCAGGACACAAGGAGUUCCACCAGCAGGCAUUGCCCUGCUUGAUGCUCAAGGGUAUGCAGCUGUCCUGACUGUGGAAGCCAGUGAUGAACCACAUGGAGUUUUAAAUUUUGCUCUUUCAUCAAGAUUUGUUUUGCUGCAAGAGGCUAACGUAACAAUUCAGCUUUUCAUCAACAGAGAAUUCGGAUCUCUAGGAGCCAUUAAUGUCACAUAUACUACUGUUCCUGGAGUAUUGAGUCUAAAGAACCAAACGGAAGGAAACUUAGCUGAGCCAGAUGUUGACUUUGUCCCGGUAGUUGGCUUUCUGAUUUUAGAAGAAGGGGUAACAGCAGCAGCCAUCGACAUAACUAUACUUGAGGAUGAUAUACCAGAACUAGAAGAAUAUUUCCUUGUGAACCUAACUUAUGUUGAACUUAUCAUGGCUCCUUUAACUUCAUUUCCUCCUAGACUAGAUUCAGAGGGCUUAACUGCACAAAUUAUGAUUGAUGCCAAUGAUGGUGCUCGAGGCAUAAUCGAAUGGCAACAUAGUAGGUUUGAAAUUAAUGAAACCCAAGGACGUUUAACAUUAAUAGCCCAAAGGAGCAAAGGGGCCCUCGGCCACGUGUCCUUGUUUGUGUACGCCCAGAAUCUGGAAGCGCAGCUGGGCCUGGAUUACAGCUUUGCCCCAAUGAUUCUUCAUUUUGCCAAUGGAGAAAGGUAUAAAAACAUUGACAUCAUGAUUCUUGAUGACGAUAUUCCAGAAGGAGAUGAAAAAUUUCAGCUGAUUUUAACAAAUCCUUCUCCUGGACUAGAGCUGGGGGAAAAUACAAUAGCCUUAAUUACCGUCCUUGCUAAUGAUGAUGGCCCUGGAGUUCUAUCAUUUAACAACAGUGAGCACUUUUUUCUGAGCGAACCAACAGCUCUCUAUGUACAAGAGAGUGUUGCAGUAUUAUACAUCGUUCGGGAGCCUGCACAAGGACUGUUCGGAACUGUGACAGUUCAGUUCAUUGUGACUGAAGUGAAUUCUUCAAUGGAGUCUAAAGAUCUGACACCUUCCAAAGGCUAUGUUGUUUUAGAAGAAGGUGUUCGAUUCAAGGCCCUACACAUAUCUGCCAUAUUAGACACGGAGCCAGAAAUGGAUGAGCAUUUUGUUUGUACCUUGUUUAAUCCGACUGGAGGCGCUAGACUAGGGACACGAGUUCAGACCCUGAUAACAGUUUUACAAAACCAGGCCCCUUUGGGACUGUUUAGUAUCUCUGCAGUUGCAAAUAGAGCCACCUCUAUAUAUGUCGAAGAAGCCAACAGGACUGUAUAUUUAAAUAUAUCACGUACUAAUGGCAUUGAUUUAGCUGUGAGUGUGGAGUGGGAGACAAUAUCUGAAACAGCUUUUGGCAUGAGGGGAAUGGAUAUUGUAUUUUCCAUAUUUCAAAGUUUUUUUGAUGCCUUGGCUUCUGGCUGGUGUUUCUUUACUUUGGAAGAUUCAGUAUAUGGUGUAAUGUUAAGGAAAGUGUCUUCUACUAUUUACCGAUGGCAAGGGGUUUUUAUUCCACUUGAGGAUUUAAAUAUAAAAAAUCCUAAAACCUGUGAGGCCUUUCAUAUUGGCCUUUCUCCCUAUUUUGUGAUUACUCAUGAAGAAAGAAAUGAAGAAAAGCCUUCUGUUAACAGCGUGUAUACAUUCACAUCUGGACUCAAAUUAUACCUGGUACAAACAAUAAUUAUUUCGGAAAGUUCUCAAGUAAGAUAUUUUACUUCAGACAAUCAAGAUUAUUUAAUUGUUGCAAGUCAAAGAAAUGAUUCUGAAUUAACGCAGGUCUUCAGAUGGAAUGGCGGGAGUUUCGUGCUGCAUCAGACGCUUCCUGUCCGAGGUGUGCUGGGCAUGGCCUUGUUCACCAGAGGCGGCUCUGUGUUCUUAGCCAUUUCCCAGGCUCACGCCAGGCUCAAUUCCCUUCUGCUCAGAUGGUCUGGCAAUGAGUUUAUUAACUUUCAAGAAGUGCGUAUCAGUGGGACCACACAAGUCGAGGCCUUGAUUUCAGGCGAUGAUAUUUACUUACUUUUUGCCAAAACUGUCUCUCUAGGGGAUCAGAAUUCAAUUGAUAUUUUCAUCUGGGAGCCAGGACAGUCGUCUUUUAGGUAUUUUCAAUCUCUGGAUUUUGCUUCUGUUAAUAGGAUUCACUCCUUCACACCAGCCUCAGGAAUAGUCCACAUACUUUUUAUUGGCCAACCUGUGUCUGCUCUUUACUGCUGGAAUUCAGAGCUGAAUCAGUUCUCUCUCGUUCUGGAAGCACCUUCGGCUCACGAUGCAACUUCUGUUACAGUAAAGUCCCUUACUUCAAGCAAGAAUUUAAUUGCAUUAGUGGGAGCCACCCAUUCACACAUAUAUGAGCUGGCCUAUGUCUCAAGCCAGUCUGACUUUAUUCCAAGUUCAGGUGAACUGAUAUUUGAACCUGGUGACAGAGAAGCUGUAAUCGCAGUAAAUAUUGUUGAUGAUACAGUUCCAGAAGAGGAAGAAUCCUUCAGAGUUCAGCUUAAAAAUCCCAAAGGAGGAGCAGAGAUUGGUAUUAAUAGUUAUGUAAAAAUAACUAUUCUGUCUAACGAUGAUGCCUAUGGAGUUGUUGGAUUUGCUCAGAAUUCACUAUAUAAGCAAGUAGAAGAAAUGGAGCAAGAUAGCCUACUAACCUUGAAUGUUGAGCGCUUAAAAGGAACUUACGGUCGUAUAACCAUAGCAUGGGAAGCUGACGGAAGUAUCAGUGAUAUAUUUCCUACCUCAGGAGUGAUUUCAUUUUCUGAAGGCCAGGCACUAUCUACAAUCACUCUGACUGUUCUUGCUGACGAUGUACCAGAAUUAUCAGAAACUGUGAUUGUAACACUCACCCAUAUCAGCACGGAAGGGGUUGCGGACCCAUCCAAAGGCGCCACUAUAGAUCAGAAAAGAAAGAAGUCUGUGAUAACCACUCUGCCCAGCGACUCACCCUAUGGAGUGGUGGGCUGGCAUGCUGAGUCUCUCUAUGUGAGAGUAGCAGAGCCUAAAGAGAACAUCACCAUUCUUCAGUUACAAAUUGUUCGACAUAAAGGACUACGUGGAGAUGUGGCCAUUCAUUUGAUAGCUAAACCUAAUUUCUUAUUGCCCAUCAAUAAUCAAGCUACCGAGAAUGAAGAUUAUGUGCUACAAGAAACAAUAAUAAUAAUGAAAGAAAACAUAAAAAAAACUUAUGCCCAAGUUGCCAUUUUGCCGGAUGAUGCUCCUGAAUUGGAGGAAGGAUUUAUUGUCAACAUCACCAAGGUGUACCUGGUGAACUCUGACUUCUCUGCGGGCCAGCCAAGUGUUCGGAGGCCUGGGAUGGAAACAGUUGCGAUAAUGAUAGAAGAAAAUGAUGAUCCCAGAGGAAUUUUUAAGUUUCAUGUUACCAGAGAUGCUGUUGGGGUUAUUACUGCGUACGAGGUGCCUCCACCCUUGAACAUUCUCCGAGUUCCAGUAGUCCGGCUGGCUGGGAGCUUUGGGGCAGUAAAUGUUUAUUGGAAAGCAACACUGGACAGUGCUGGCCUGGGAGACUUUAAGCCAUCUCAUGGGAUUCUUGAAUUUGCAGAUAAACAAGUCGCUGCCAUGAUUGAAAUCACCAUUACUGAUGACGUGGAAUUUGAACUCAUGGAGACUUUCAGUAUUUCCUUAAUCAGGGUGACUGGAGGUGGCAGGCUUGGUGAUGAUACUGUAGUAACUGUUGUUAUUCCACAAAAUGAUUCUCCAUUUGGAGUAUUUGGAUUUGAAGAAAAGACUGUAAUGAUUGAUGAAUCCCUUUUGUCUGAUGACCCUAAUUCACAUGUGACAUUGACAGUUGUCCGGUCCCCAGGAGGAAAGGGAGCCGUCCGACUCCAGUGGGCUGUGGAUGAGACCGCUAAAGAUGACCUCAGUCCUUUGACUGGGACACUUCAUUUUGAUGAGACGGAGUCCCAGAAGACCAUUACGUUGCGCACACUUCAAGACACUGUGCUCGAGAAGGACAGGCAUUUCACCAUUCAACUGAUACCAGUUGAUGAGGCAGAAAUAUCUCCAGUGAAAGGCAGCGCAUCUAUAAUCUUUCGGGGAGAGAAGGGAGCUUUGGGAGAAGUUGGGAUUGCGCAGUCGUCCAGGCACGUCCUCAUUGGGGAGCCCUCAGCAAAAUAUAAUGGGACCGCUAUCAUCAGCCUCGUUCGUGGCCCAGCCAUCUGGGGAGAGGUCACGGUGUACUGGAGGAUCGUCCCCCCAUCCAUAGGGGAGUUUGCUAAAACAUCAGGAAAACUGACAAUGAGAGAAGGACAGUCUACGGCAAUUGUGGUGAUCCAGGCGUUGAAUGAUGACAUUCCCGAGGAGAAGUGUUUCUAUGAGUUUCAGCUCACUGGCGUCAGCGAGGGCGGAGUGCUGAGUGAAGCCAGCAGCACUGCCAAUAUCACAGUGGUGGCCAGUGACUUCCCCUAUGGCCGGUUCGCCUUUUCACAUGAGCAACUUCGAGUAUCGGAAGAAGUACAACGGGUGAACAUCACAGUCAUCCGUUCGGGUGGAUCCUUGCGCCCCGUGAGACUCUGGUACCAGACAGUGAGUGGGAGUGCGGAGGCGGGCUUGGAUUUUAUCCCUGCGCCAGGGCCGCUCCUCUUUGAAGCGCAGGAGAUGGCGAAAAGCGUGCAAAUUGAAAUCCUUGAUGAUGACCUUCCUGAAGGCCCUGAGGAAUUUUCUCUAGUAAUUACGAAAGUGGAACUCCUUGAAAGAGGGUAUGAUUUUACCAUCCAAGAAAAUGGACUUCAAGUAGAUCAGCCUCCUGAAAUAGGAAAUAUCUCCACUGUCCGAGUCAUAAUAAUGAAAAAUGAUAAUGCAGAGGGCACCAUUGAAUUUGACCCAAGGUACAUUGCCUUCGAAGUGGAGGAAGACGUCGGGACAAUCACGAUUCCAGUGGUGAGGUUGCACGGCACCCACGGCCGUGUGACAGCCGACUUCAUCUCUCAGAGCCCCUCCGCGGUUCCCGGCGGCACCGGUUAUAUCCUGCACGGCGAUUCAGUCACGUUUCAGCAUGGACAGAGCUUAGGUUUCAUAAAUGUCUCCAUCCUUGAAGACAGUGAAAGGGACUUUGCAGAGCCCAUUGAAAUUCUGCUCAUUGGAGCUACUGGCGGAGCGGUCCUUGGGCGCCACCUAGUGAGCAGAAUCACGGUCACCAAGAGUGACUCUCCCUUUGGCAUUGUACGAUUUCUUAAUCAAAGCAGAAUAUCUCUUCCUAAUCCCAAUUCCACAAUGAUUUUAUUCUUGGUGCUGGAGCGCACUGGAGGACUUUUAGGAGAGAUUCAGGUGAACUGGGAGAUAGUAGGACCCAAUUCUCAGGAAGCCUUACAGCCACAGAACAGAGACAUUGCGGACCCCGUGAACGGCUACUUCUAUUUUGGAGAGGGAGAAGGUGGAGUGAGGACCUUGAUUCUGACAAUCUAUCCUCAUGAAGAAAUUGAAGUUGAAGAGACCUUUGUUAUUAAACUCACACUUGUGAAAGGAGAAGCUAAAUUAGACUCCAGAGCUAAAGACAUUACAUUAAUUAUACAAAAGUUUGGUGAUCCCAAUGGCGUGGUCCAGUUUGCUCCUGAAUCUCUAUCUGUCAAAACCUACCUAGAGCCAUCAGCUCUGGAAGGGCCCCUGGUCAUUACUUUCUUUGUCAAAAGAGUCAAGGGCAUUUUGGGAGAUAUUAAGGUUUACUGGGAAAUAAGUAGCCAGUUUGAUAUUACUGGAGACUUUCUUUCUACAAAAGGAUUUUUCACCAUUGCUGAUGGAGAGAGUGAAGUGAGCUUUGACAUUCAUUUGCUACCAGAUGAUAUACCUGAGAUAGAGGAAGAGUAUGUGCUUCAGCUUGUUUCUGUAGAAGGAGGAGCAGAACUGGAUCCGGAAAAACGCAUCACACAGUUCUCUGUUUCUGCAAGUGAUGACCCACACGGAGUGUUUGCUCUGUAUGCAGAUCGCCAGUCAGUGCUUAUUGGGCAGAACCUUAGUAGAUUCAUCCAAAUUAAUGUAACCAGGCUUGCCGGAACUUUUGGAGAUGUGGCUGUUGGAUAUCGAAUAUCAUUUGAUCAUAGGGAGCAGCCAGUAGUUGCGGAGAAUGCCGAGAGGCAGCUGGUGGUCAGUGAUGGUGCCAGAUACCAGGUGGACACGGUGCCAGUAAAGAGUCAGGUCUUUCUAUCACUGGGCUCUCAUUUCACAUUGCAACUGGUGACUGUGAUGCUGGUUGGCGGACGUCUCUACGGCACGCCGAAAGUCCUCCAGGGAGCGAAAGCUGCUGUCCUUCCUGUCCCCGAGAAAGCUGCCAAUUCUCAGGUUGGAUUUGAAUCUCCUGCUUUUUCACUCACGGACAUCACCGCUGGGACGAGCCAAGUGGUGAUUUCUAGGAGAGGCACAUAUGGCUCCCUCAGGGUUGCCUGGGCGGCUGGAUAUGCUCCUGGGUUAGAAAUCCCUGAAUUCAUUGUUGUUGGCAACAUGACCCCAAAACUGGGGAGCCUUUCAUUUUCCCACGGAGAACAAAGUAAAGGUGUCUUGCUGUGGACGUUCCCCAGCCCUGGGCAGCCAGAGGCCUUUGUCGUCCACCUCUCAGGAGUGCAGAGCAGUGCCCCUGGCGGGGCCGAACUUAGAUCGGGUUUCACUGUGGCUGAAAUUGAACCAAUGGGAAUCUUUCAGUUUUCCCCUAGUUCUAGAAAUAUCAUAGUGUCAGAGGACACACAGAUGAUCAGAUUACAUGUGCAAAGACUCUUUGGGUUCCACGGCAGCCUUGUAGAAGUUUCCUAUCAGACAACUGCAGGAAGUGCAGAGCCACUGGAAGAUUUUGAGCCUGUUCACAGUGGAGAACUGCUUUUUCAAAAAUUCCAAGCUGAGGUUAAUUUUGAAAUAAUCAUUAUUAAUGACCAGCUUCCUGAAGUAGAGGAAUUUUUUUACAUUAAUCUAACUUCGGUAGAAAUUAAAGGAUUACACAAGUUUACAAAAACAAAUUGGAGACCACGCCUGAAUCUAGAUUUCAGUGUGGCCGUGAUCACAAUAUUGGAUAAUGAUGACUUGGCAGGAAUGGAUAUUUCCUUUACCAAGACAACGGCGGCUGCAGACUCCUCCAUCUCACACCCUGAUGUGACCAAGAUAACUGUCGUUCCACAGCCAACUGAAAUGGUUGGCAUUGUUACUGAGGCAACUGUGAUCCCUGAGAAACCUGCCACCCUCCCUGGUUCACCUGCCAUGUCUGAAGCGCCUGAUGUGGCCACUGUUACUGCAGAUGUUUUCAUUCAUGGAACAUUUAGUCUUGGGCCACCUGUAGUUUACGUUGAAGAGGAGAUGAAGAAUGGAACCCUUACCACCGCAGAAGUUCUUGUCCGAAGAACUGGUGGGACUAAUGGCAACGUCAGUGUAACAGUUAAAACGUUUGGUGAAAGGUCUGCUCAGAAGGAACCGACUGCUUUGCCCUUUCAUGAUAUCCAUGGACUUUCCAACUUAACAUGGGCAGUUGAAGAAGAGGACUUUGAAGAACAAACUCUUGUCCUGACAUUUGUAGAUGGAGAAAGAGAACAGAAAGUAUCGUUUCAAAUUUUGGAUGAUGAUGAGCCUGAGGGACAGGAAUUCUUCUACGUGUUUCUCACAGACCCCCGAGGGGGAGCCCAGAUCAUGAAGGGAAAGGAUGACACUGGAUUUGGGGCCUUUGCCAUGAUCGUUAUUGCCGGAAGUGAUCUUCAAAAUGGCAUCAUAGGGUUCAGUGAGGAGUCCCAGAAUGGGCUUGAGCUGGGGGAAAGAGCUGAUAGGAAAAGACUUCAUCUUACUGUCACAAGGCAGCCAAACAGGGCCUUUGAAGAUGUCAAGGUCUUUUGGCGAGUCACAUUUAACAAAACAGCCCCUAUGCUCCAGAAGGAUGGUGUGAACCUGAGGGAUGAACUGCUCUCUGUGUUGGGGACUACAACCUGUCCAAUGGGUCAAACAAAGUGCUUUAUCACCAUGGAGCUCAAACCGGGGAAGGUACCACAAGUUGAGAUAUAUUUUUUUGUGGAAUUGUACGAAGUUACUGCUGGAGCAGCAAUAAACAAUAGUGCUAGAUUUGCACAGAUUAAAUUCUUACGAAGUGAGGAACCUUGGAGCCUCGUGUAUUUUUCUGUGGGUUCUCGGCUGCCAGUGGCUCAUAAAAGGGCCACUUUAAUCAGUUUGCAGGUAGCCAGAGAUUCUGGGACAGGACGAAUGGUGUCAGUUAACUUCAGGACCCAGGAGUUGGAGGGUGCUGAAACCAUGGGCCGUACUCUCAUAUCUCCAGCUAUUUCUGGGAAGGAUUUUGUGAGAACUGAAGGCACCUUGGUCUUUGAACCUGGCCAGAGAAACACCAUAUUGGACGUCAUCUUAACCCCAGAGACAGGGUCUGUAAAUCCAUUUCCUAAACGCUUCCAGAUUGUGCUUUUUGACCCAAAAGGUGGUGCCAGAAUCGAUAAAGUGUAUGGGACCGCCAACAUCACGCUUGUCUCGGACGCAGAUUCGCAGGCCGUUUGGGGGCUUGCUGAUCAGCUCCAGCAGCCCCUGGAUGGGGACAUUCUCAACAGAGUGCUUCACAGCAUCAGCAUGAAAGUGGCCACUGAGAACACAGAGGAACAGCUCAGUGCUGUGCUGCACUUAAUAGAAAAGAUAACUGUUGAAGGAAAAAAUCAAGCUUUCAGUAUUGAAAACCGCAAUCUGUUCUAUGAGAUUCUUUGUGCUCUUAUUAACCCGAAGCGCAAGGACACUAGGGGAUUCAGUCACUUUACAGAAGUGACUGAGAAUUUUGCCUUUUCUCUGUCGACUGAUGUUACCUGUGGCUCUCCUGGUGAAAAAGGCAAAACCAUCCUUGACAGCUGCCCAUAUUUGUCAAUACUGGCUCUUCACUGGUAUCCUCAACAAAUCAAUGGGCACAAAUUUGAAGGAAAGGAAAGUGAUUAUAUUCGAAUUCCAGAAAGGUUAUUGGAUGUCCCGGAUGCAGAAAUAAUGCCUGAGAAAAGUACAUGUGAAGUAGUCCAGUUUACAGAGUAUAGCAGCCAGCAGUGGUUCAUAAGUGGAAAUAAUCUUCCUGCCCUGAAAAAUAAGGCAUUAUCUUUGAGUGUGAAAGGUCAGCAUUCACAACCCCUGACUGACAACAAUGAGGUUCUCUACAGGAUUUACGCUGCUGAGCCCAGAAUUGUUCCCAAAACCUCUCUGUGUCUCCUUUGGAAUCAGGCUGCUGCAAGCUGGUUGUCCGACAGUCAGUUUUGCAAAGUGGUUGAGGACACUUCAGACUACGUGGAAUGUGCCUGUUCAUACAUGUCUGUGUAUGCUGUCUACGCCCAGACUGACAACUUGUCUUCAUACAAUGAAGCAUUUUUCUCUUCUGGAUUUAUAUGUAUCUCAGGUCUCUGCCUGGCUGUUCUUUCCCAUAUCUUCUGUGCCAGGUAUUCCAUGUUUGCAGCUAAACUUCUGACUCACAUGAUGGCAGCCAGCUUAGGUACACAGAUUGUGUUUCUGGCAUCUGCAUAUGCGAGUCCCCAGCUCACUGAUGAGAGCUGUUCGGCCGUGGCUGCUGUCACACACUACCUGUAUCUUUGCCAGUUUAGCUGGAUGCUCAUUCAGUCUGUGAAUUUCUGGUAUGUACUGGUGAUGAAUGAUGAACACACUGAGAGGAGAUAUCUGCUGUUUUUCCUUCUGAGUUGGGGACUUCCAGCUUUUGUGGUGACUCUCCUCAUAGUGAUUUUGAGAGGAAUCUAUCAUCAGAGCAUGCCACAGAUCUAUGGACUCGUCCACGGUGACCUGUGUUUCAUCCCAAAUAUCUAUGCAGCUCUGUUCACCGCAGCCCUUGUUCCUUUAACGUGCCUCGUGGUGGUGUUUGUGGUGUUCAUCCACGCCUACCAGGUGAAGCCGCAGUGGAAAGCAUACGAUGAUGUCUUCAGAGGAAGAACAAAUGCUGCAGAAAUUCCACUGGUUUUAUAUCUCUUUGCCCUGAUUUCUGUGACAUGGCUUUGGGGAGGCCUGCACAUGGCUUACAGACACUUCUGGAUGUUGGUCCUCUUUGUCAUUUUCAACAGUCUGCAGGGACUUUACGUUUUCGUGGUCUAUUUCAUUCUACACAACCAAACUUGUUGCCCCAUGAAGGCCAGCUACACAGUGGAAAUGAAUGGGCACCCAGGACCCAGCACAGCCUUCUUCACACCCGGGAGUGGAAUGCCUCCUUCUGGAGGGGAAAUCAGCAAGUCCACCCAGAAUCUCAUCAGUGCUAUGGAGGAGGUGCCACCUGACUGGGAGAGAGGAUCCUUCCAACAAGCCAGUCAGACCAGUCCUGACUUAAAGCCAAGUUCACAAAAUGGCGCCACAUUCCCUUCCUCUGGAGGAUAUGGCCAGGGGUCAUUGAUAGCUGAUGAGGAGUCCCAGGAGUUUGAUGACUUAAUAUUUGCUUUAAAAACUGGUGCUGGUCUCAGUGUCAGUGAUAAUGAAUCUGGUCAAGGCAGCCAGGAAGGCGGCACGUUGACGGACUCCCAGAUCGUAGAACUCAGGAGGAUACCCAUCGCCGACACCCAUCUCUAGCAGCACAGUAGAACACUAGAAUGAGGAUACUUUCAUAUUUGUAUUGGCUUUGUGCUAAAACUCUAUAAGUACACGAAGCCAUGUGAUAGAAAUCUGUGAUCUGUAUUGGAUUUAACCCAGAAGUGAUUGUUGUGUUGGAAUAUAAGUCGUUUAUCUUUGAGCAACCUGAAAACUCGCUGUUAAAGUGAAAGACUGGAUCUAGUUAUAUCAGU